AUGUAUGUAGCCCUUUUCAAUGCCAAGUGUCUCAUUGGUCAUAAAUUCAAUGAUGCUCAGGUCCAGUCAGACAUUAGGCACUUUCCUUUCACUGUUUUCAAACCCUACAUCCGAGUGGAGUACAAGGGAGGGCAGAAGGAGUUUUCCCCCAAAGAAAUCUCAUCCAUGGUCCUCCCUAAAAUGAAGGAGACCUCUGAGUCCUACCUGGACUACAACAUCAACAAUGCUGUUGUCCCUGUCCCCGCAUACUUCAACAACUCUUGGAGACAAGCCACAAAGAACGCAGGUACCAUCUUGGGAAUGAAUGUUCUCCAUAUCAUUAACAAGCCUACCGCUGCUGCCAUUGCCUAUGGUCUUGACAAUAAAGUUGUCAGUGAGCGCAACAUCUUCAUUUGUGAGCUUGGAGGAACCUUCAAUACCCCCCUCUCAAACCCUAAACCAAUUACCACUGCCAUGAUCUGA